AUAACAUGUUAUAUAAAGAUUGUUCUCCCACCUUUCUCAUUUCUCCGCCUCUCUUUUCUCUCCCAAAUAAGAAAUUGAUAGUCCAAACACCAAAAAGUUUGAGAGAAAUUGAGUAACAGAGAGGCCGAGCUAUUAAGUUUAUUAUAUAGAAAUGUCUAGUAAUGGAAGGGCCGGGGAAGCAAAAAUACCCCUGUUAGAUUAUGCAUCUACCAAAGAAAUAAUACAAGGUGGCCGCAAAGAUGAAGAUGAAAUUAAAAUCCAAGACAAGGUUUGGAUCGAAUCAAAGAAGUUAUGGCGCGUAGCAGGACCUGCUAUCUUUAGCCGCAUAGCUAGCUUCUCCAUGUUUGUUAUCACCCAAGCUUUUGCCGGCCAUCUUGGUGACCUUGAGCUUGCGGCCAUCUCCAUUUCAACCAAUGUUAUACUUGGUUUCGAUUUUGGCCUCAUGCUGGGAAUGGCAAGUGCUUUAGAAACGUUAUGUGGGCAAGCAUUCGGAGCCAAAGAUUACCGACUUCUGGGAAUAUAUUUGCAACGUUCUUUCAUAGUUUUGUUCAUUGUCUCUCUACUACUACUUCCGGUAUUCUUUUUAGCGUCUCCACUUUUAAAACUACUGGGGCAACCUGAUGAUGUUGCGGAGCUAUCUGGAACUGUGUCCAUGUGUUUGAUUCCGCUGCACUUCAGCUUUGUUUUUCAGUUUCCAUUGCAAAGAUUUUUGCAGAGCCAGCUGAAGAACAUUGUUAUUGCUUGGGUGUCUCUCGGAACUCUUAUAUUGCACGUGCUUUUGACAUGGUUGAUUGUCUACAAAUUUCAACUUGGAAUAAUUGGAACUGCUCUUAGUAUGAAUAUAUCUUGGGGUAUCAUUCCUAUUGCUCUGUUUAUAUAUACUAGUUGUGGUGGCUGCCCUCAAUCUUGGAAUGGAUUCUCUGUUGAGGCCUUUUCUGGUCUCUGGGAAUUUCUCAAACUCUCUGCAUCUUCCGGCGUCAUGCUUUGCUUGGAAAAUUGGUACUACAGAAUACUAAUAGUGAUGACAGGAAACUUAGAGAAUGCAAAGAUUGCAGUAGAUGCGUUGUCAAUUUGUAUGUCAAUCAAUGGAUGGGAGUUGAUGAUACCUCUCGCUUUCUUUGCAGCAACAGGAGUAAGAGUUUCUAAUGAACUGGGAGCAGGCAAUGGAAAAGGAGCCAAAUUUGCUACCAUUGUCGCAGUUGCAACGUCAACAAUGAUCGGUCUCAUGUUCUGGCUACUUAUAAUGAUCUUCCAUAAUGAACUAGCCUUAAUUUUCUCAUCUAGCGAAGAAGUACUUGCAGCUGUUAACAAACUCUCUAUUCUCUUGGCAUUUACCAUCCUCCUCAACAGUGUUCAGCCAAUUCUUUCGGGGGUUGCUGUUGGAUCUGGAUGGCAAUCUUAUGUGGCAUACAUUAAUUUAGGCUGUUACUAUCUCAUCGGCCUUCCUCUUGGAAUUGCAAUGGGAUGGAUUUUCGACCAAGGAGUUAUGGGUAUCUGGGCAGGAAUGAUAUUCGGUGGUACAUUCAUUCAAACUUUGAUAUUAGCUUUCAUCACCAUCCGAUGCGACUGGGAAAAAGAGGCAGAGAAAGCUGUGGUGCAUGUAAAACAGUGGUCAGGGAGAUAAAUGCUGACAAAUUCACAACCACCAGACAAGGUGCCAUUGAUCAUACCUACCCUGCCAUUACAUGUCCUCUCUGCACCUUGAAAUUUAUUGCAACAUAUUGAUGCAGUUGCAGCUGAAUCCUGACUCUUAGCAACCUGAUUCCGGGUUAUGUAUGCUCAUUUAAAUUACAAGCAGUUCAAAAUGCGGUUAAAGAACAGCUUUCUUGCAACAUAGCUCUUGAACAGUUCAAUAUCCAGUCUGCAGAUUUUGAUUAUUCUUAAUGAAAUUUCAAAUUAUAAAUCA